GGGGGCGGUCCCUUCGAGCGAAAGAGGAAGAGCAUCCAGGAAAAGGCCACGCAGCGAAGUCCCGCCUCCACUUCCGGGAUGAAACGAAACUGAGGCGCCAUAUUGACUCUGCCGCGGACGGGCUCGGAUCCAGGAGGACGGGCGAGCCCGGCGGAGGAAGGAAGGCAGGAAGGAAGGAGGCGCCGCCCGAGAGGAGAGGAGGCCCCGCGGAGCAGCCCCGGGAGGAGACGGCGGGGAAGGCCCGGCAGGGAUGAGCCGAGGGGGACUCCGGGAAAGGAGGCCGCCCGAAGGGAGAAGCGGGGAGCAGGAAACGGGCGGAGACCCCGAGACGGUCCUUGAGGGCGGAGGGUCCUUCGGGACAGGCGGAAGACCCGGGAAUCCCCAGAGAAUCCAGGAGGGAGGAGAGAAAUAUCAGUGCCCGGAAUGUGGAAGAUCCUUCAAAAGAAAUGCAGAUCUUAAAAUCCAUCAAAGAAUCCACACAGGAGAGAAACCACAUAAAUGUCUGGAGUGUGGAAAAUGCUUCAGUCAGAGGGGACACCUUUAUACCCAUCAAAGGAUCCACACUGGAGAGAAACCGCAUAAAUGCCUGGAGUGUGGAAAGAGUUUCAGUCGGAGGGGACACCUUUAUACCCAUCAAAGGAUCCACUCAGGAGAAAAACCGCAUAAAUGCCUGGAGUGUGGAAAGAGUUUCAGUCAGAGGGGGAACCUUUAUGUACAUCAAAGGAUCCACUCAGGAGAAAAACCGCAUAAAUGCCUGGAGUGUGGAAAGAGCUUCAGUCUGAGGGGAAACCUUUAUGUACAUCAAAGCAUCCACUUAGGCAAGAAAUGGAAUAAACGCCUGACGUGUGGAAAGAACUUCAGAGAGAGGAGAACAGAGGGAAGACUCAGGAAUCCCCAAAGAAUCCAGGAGGCAGGAAAGAAAUAUCAGUGCCCGGAAUGUGGAAAAUCCUUCAAAAGAAAUCACCAUCUUGAAAGGCAUCAAAGGAUCCACACAGGAGAAAAACCGCAUAAAUGCCUGGAGUGUGGAAAGAGUUUCAGUCAGAGGGGACACCUUUAUGUACAUCAAAGGAUCCACUCAGGAGAAAAACCACAUAAAUGCCUGGAAUGUGAAAAAUCCUUCAGAUCAGAUGAAAAUCUUGAAAGCCAUCUAAGAAUCCACACAGGACAGAACCCUUAUAAAUGUCUGGAGUGUGGAAGAAGCUUCGAUCAAAGGGGACACCUUUAUACACAUCAAAGGAUCCACUCAGGAGAGAAACCGCAUAAAUGCCUGGAGUGUGGAAAUAGCUUCAGUCAGAGUAGCAGCCUUUAUGUACAUCAAAGGAUCCACUCAGGAGAAAAACCGUAUAAAUGCUUCCAGUGUGGAAAGAGCUUUACUGAAAGUGGAAGUCUCCGUAAACAUCAAAGAAUUCACACAGGAGAGACACAGCAUAAAUGCCUGGAAUGUGGAAAGAGCUUCAGUCGCAGGAGCACCCUUUAUAGACAUCAAAAGAUCCACUCAGGAGAAAAACCGUAUAAAUGCCUGGAGUGUGGAAAGAGCUUCAGUCGGAAGUUCAGCCUUUAUGUUCAUCAAAGAAUCCACUCAGGAGAGAAACAGCAUAAAUGCCUGGAGUGUGGAAAGCGGUUGAGUCAGAGGAACAACCUUUAUGUACAUCAAAGAAUCCAUUCAGGAGAGAAACCUCUUAAAUGCCUCCAGUGUGGAAAGAGCUUUACAGAAAGUGGAGGUCUCCGUAAACAUCAAAGAAUUCACAUAGGAGAAACCCUAUGAAUGCCUGAAAUGUGGAAGGAGGUUCAACAGGGCAGGAACUCUGUGUAAUCAAAGGAUCCACACUGGAGAAAAAAAACAAAUGUCUGGAAUUUGAAAGGUGUGAACACUUACCCUUCAUUGUCAUCUCAUCCUUUGUGUGUCAACAUGAGUGUGUAAUGUAUUCUCAUCCAAAACACUCAAGAGUAAGUAAACUUACGGACACCACCA